AAUAGGAAAUCUUGGAUAGAGCCUCGUUUCGACCUCUGAAUAUGAAGGGAGUGUAUCAGAUCAUAUCUCACAGCCAUUCAAGUUCUGGAGCUGUGCCCUUUAGUCUUUUUUACCAAAACUGAUUUCUAUUAAGCAAGCAUAAUGUUAUAAGGGAUCCAUUCUCAGGUAUAAUGCUCUAAAUACUGCAGUGAGUCAAAAGUGAGCCCAGCUGGUCAGGUCUCAUCAAAGGGUAAACAGGGGUCAAGGAAAGACAGGGGGCCUAGGUUUGGGUGCUGGCAUAUUCUCCCUGGUUUGAAAGUCUUCUAGAACGUAUGCCAUCUAUAUAGCAGGGAGGCUGAGGUCAGCCAUUGGCAUAGAAGCUUAGGGAUGGCUAGGCAUACUUCCUUCUUGAAAUAAUCACAGCUGCUCUCGUAAGAUUUCUUAAGCAACAAAGCUGAGACCCAUGUUAGUCACUGAUGAAUUUUACCCCAGUCAAGACAAGAAGGGAAGAAAAAAAAAAUGUCACUUUUUAUAAUGCUUUUUGAAUCAGAGCAGAAACUCAAGGAAAAGUUCUAUGGGUCAAAAAUUAUCAGAAUCCCUUAUCGUUUUAUUGCAUUUAUCUAUGUGUGCACAUGUAGGCAUGUGUCUGAUGAUCAGAAGACAGCCUGAAAAAGUCGGUUCUUUUCUUUCCCCGUGUAGGUCUGGGGGAUCAUACUCAGGUCAUCUGGCUUAGUGGUCAGUUCCUUUACCCACUGAGCAUUCUUCCAGGCUCUCAUUUUGACUUUUUAAAGGACUAAUCUGCUAGUAAGCCAUCUACACAUUGUAUAUCCACCCUGUGAUGUUUAGUAUCUACUCACAGCAUGAACUCUAAACUCAACUGUUUCAUGGGAAAUGUCAGUCCAUCAGCUCCUUUCUGCAAAACUCAAGUCAACACUAUAUUAAAAUAUCUAUUGCAUCAGGGGCAUUGGGAAAUGAAAGAAGGUAUAAAAGUUUAGUUGAGUGUUUUUUGUUUUAAUUUUUUUGUCUGUUAUGUCAUCUGAAUACUACCUUCAUGUUGUGGAAAAACAAAAACACCUCACACAACUCCAGCCCUCUUGAAAACAAAUGAAACGCACAGUCCAAUACUGUGAACUACAGGCACGGUGCUGCACAGAUCUCUCAGACUUACACAUUUCAUACUUCCUCGACUGCAAACCUAUAGGCAGUGACUACCCCGGCCACCUACUCCCCGACAGCUGCCAUUUUGCUCUCUGCUUUUUAGUUUGGCCAUUUUAGAUGACCCAUUUAAGAAGGACCAAAUAGUAUCUGUCCUUCUGUCAUUAGUUAUUUCACUUAGCAUAACGCAUCGAGUAUUUUUUAGUUGCUUAAUGAAACCUCAGCUGCUGAAAGCCUAAGGUCUGAAGAUGUCUGGACUAUUCACUAUGAUUAACUACAAUAUAUUCACAUAUGACACAAUGUCCCCAAAUCACAUGCUACUCUGUCCAAAGAAUGUAGCUCUGAUUUGGGAAAACGUUUGAUGGUGCUAGUAUAGCCAGAGAUCGUCUCCGGGCCACAAGUAUGCCCUUCAGUUAGGUGGUUUCCUCCCAUUUAAACAAGUAGUUAGAAUGCAUCACUUGCAAGAGUGUCCUGCACGGGUUUAUCUCCCCACUAAUUCUGAACUUGCCUGUAGUGUGUCACUAACUUGUAAGAAGAGCAUGGAAUGGAAGAUUCCAGGAGUGCAUUUAAAAUUAGAGACUGGGGCCUAGCAAGCAAAGGAUGCAGCGUCAGCUCUCAAAGGGAGCUGAGGGCCAGGAAAGCCAGCGAGGCUGCAUGAGCCAAGUACCCUGAAAUGCAUGCAGAUCUAGCGCUUAGCAAAGAAAACUGUUAUACGAGAGGGUGCUUGGGAAAGAGGGCAGGGGAAAUCUUGCAUGGAAGUCUGGGUUGAGGCAAACUGUGAGGGCUAAAAUACAAAAAAGUGACCCUUUCCACUUUCCAAUUACUGCUUCGCAUACAACAGUACUAAAACAGGAGCACUCAACAAAACAAAAUGAACCUAGAAUUCUUGAAGUGUUAAAAUGGACAGUUAUGAAGUUACCACCUUUUGUGUAUUAAAAGUUUAAAUACUGGGGCUGGAGAGAUGGCUCAGUGGUUAGAGCGAGUGCUGCUCUUGUAGAGGACCAGGGUUUGGUUCCCAGCACCCACCCUAUCACUCCAGCUCCAGGGACCCAGACAUCCUCUUCUGACCUUGAGAGGACCCAGCAUGUGGUAAUAUGACCUCAUGCAGGCACCCACACAUAAAUAAUAAAUCUUUAAAAAAAAAUGUUCAAGUACUGUAAAUUUCCUAUGGACCAACCUAAAGGGGUGGGGUUACUCACUGAUUCAGUACUAAGAAUAAAAACCCAAAGGCGUGCUAGUAUUUUGUGGUUUCAGAGGAAGGUUUACUCAGGCAGAGGAGUAUUACUGAAGCAGACACAGGAUUUAAAUAUUCUAUGCCAAAUUUAUGUCUGAAGUCACACAUAACUAUGGCCAGUCCUUAACCCCUAAAACUAAAACCUCCAAGCAAAACCAGCCCUGUCUAACAGAUGGUGCCUAUCCUUAAUAAAACUCUAUCCCUAACAGGUGUCUCCAUCCUUUGUGCUGAACCAUGGAGCUUAGUUUCUAGAGUAAAACCUCAAAACUCCCCCAUGCCCAUAUGCAUCCCUUUGCCAAUCUCUCACGGACCCAUUUUCUCCUGCUUAUGCCAGCCUUCCUCUUGACUGCUCCACUUUCUUCCAACCCUGGCACGGUUUCCGUGGUGGUGGCAUCCACAUGAUCUUCCACAGGGCAAAAAUCACAGUCGACGUCACCGAAGCUGAUGGUGGAGUUGGCAUCACUGGAACUGAUUCUGCUCAUGGCUGCGUCGCUGCGGACCGAGCUGCGCUUGCUGGAGAUGGAAGACUUGGAUUCAGACUUGCGGAGUUUCAUGCUGCCAAGGAGGGAGCCCCGUCGAAAGAGGCCGCCCUUCUUCUUGCCCAGCUCCGUGUCCGCGUGGAAGUUGAGCACGAAGCCGCCUCUGGUGCCGGCUGGGUUGUCUGCAGCAGCGGCGGCAGCAUCGUGCAGAACGCUACCAUUGCUCUGCUCACUGCGCAGGGAGGCCAGCGAGGUGCGUAGCGGGGAGCGGAUCACCGUGGCCAUGCCAUAUGGCACGCUCUGGCGCACGCCGUAGCCGUGCCGCAUGCCUCCAGCCCACUGGCCCUGGCUAACAAGAGGACCAGAAGCGAAAUACGAGACUCCACGUGAAACCAAACCGCGGGGCGGUCAGCACCGACCGGCAGCCGCGCAGCCCAAGGCGUCCGUCUAACUCCACCGGAGUGGCGAUUUCAAACCCGGCCCGCAGAGGGAGGGAUCAGGAACGUAAUGUGACGGGCUCAAGUGACAGCGUCCCCUCUCCUGCCCAACCCUCCCGGUGGCAGCGCGGCGCUGGCCCCCGCCAGGUAACUUCUCAAGGGCCUCUCCAGACCAGGCGCCACAGCUUCCUUGGCCUGAAACUACAUUUCCCAGAAGCCAGUUCGUCUGCGGAGCGCGUCCUUCCCGCCACAGGGGGCCCUGGGAAACCAAAGGACGCCGUGGAGAGCUUCCCUGGCGCAAGGGCCCACCGACGAGGCUGCCCGACCCCCGCACCCCGAAAUGGCUCGGAGGCAGGACGAGGCGCGGGUGGGCGCGCCCCUGAGGGCGGAAGGCGGGCCGGACGCGGAGGUCAGGCUCAUUCUGUACCACUGGACGCACUCCUUCAGCUCUCAAAAGGUGCGCUUGGUAAUUGCUGAAAAGGCAUUGAAGUGCGAGGAACAUGAUGUAAGUCUGCCCCUGAGUGAACACAAUGAGCCUUGGUUUAUGCGUUUGAACUCAACUGGAGAAGUGCCUGUCCUUAUCCACGGGGAAAACAUAAUUUGUGAGGCCACUCAGAUCAUUGAUUAUCUUGAACAGACUUUCCUGGAUGAAAGAACACCCAGGUUAAUGCCUGAUAAAGGAAGCAUGUAUUACCCACGAGUGCAGCAUUACCGAGAGCUUCUUGAUUCCUUGCCUAUGGAUGCUUACACACAUGGCUGCAUUUUACAUCCUGAACUCACUGUGGAUUCCAUGAUCCCCGCUUAUGCAACCACAAGGAUUCGCAGCCAGAUUGGUAACACAGAGUCGGAACUGAAGAAACUUGCUGAAGAAAACCCUGACUUACAAGAGGCAUACAUUGCCAAACAGAAGCGGCUUAAGUCAAAGCUGCUUGAUCAUGACAAUGUCAAAUACUUGAAGAAAAUUCUUGAUGAGUUGGAGAAGGUCUUGGAUCAGGUGGAAACUGAGUUACAAAGAAGAAAUGAAGAAACUCCAGAAGAGGGCCACCAGCCUUGGCUCUGUGGAGAAUCCUUCACCCUGGCAGAUGUCUCACUGGCUGUCACGUUGCAUCGACUGAAGUUCCUGGGGUUUGCACGGAGGAACUGGGGAAAUGGAAAGAGACCCAACUUGGAAACCUAUUAUGAGCGUGUCUUGAAAAGAAAAACAUUUAACAAGGUUUUAGGACAUGUCAACAAUAUAUUAAUCUCUGCUGUGCUGCCAACAGCAUUCCGGGUGGCCAAGAAAAGGGCCCCGAAAGUUCUUGGCACCACCCUUGUGGUUGGUUUGCUUGCAGGAAUGGGAUAUUUUGCAUUUAUGCUUUUCAGAAGGAGACUUGGCAGUAUGAUAUUAGCGAUUAGACCCAGACCAAAUUAUUUCUAGGUUUGUUGGGCUCUGUGGUAGCAGCUCAUCCAACCAUUCCACUAGACCCUCAUUCACUCUUCCAGACCCAGUGAGGACUUAUCCUGGGCAACUAGUAGAAAGCAUAGUUUACAUUACUCUUUGGGGAGUUCAUGUGGGGAAAGGAGCUA